UAAUGGUAUUCAUGGUAUAGAGCAGGCUGUAUCUCUUAUCUCUCUUCCCUCUUCCUCCUCCAAUUUUUCCUCCUCAAGCAUUUUGCGUUUCGGAUCCUAAUUCCCUCACCAUUGUAGCCAGCACAAUGAUUCGAAGCUCCUUUCCCAGUUUCAGGAGAUUGCUUCUUCAGAAUGUUUCGCCUUCUGCGUCCUCCAAGAUCGGAAUGUACAAUUGGUUUACUUCUCAGCCCUACCCUCUUGAGAGCCCCAACCCUACUUACAGUGAUGAGGAGUAUGCUGACGUGGAUUGGGACAGCCUUGGAUUUGGAUUGAUGGCUACUGAUUAUAUGUACAUUACUAAAUGUUGUGAGGGCCAACAUUUUGAAGAAGGCCAACUCAGUCGAUAUGGGAACAUUAAACUCAGUCCAGCUGCCGGAGUCCUAAAUUAUGGUCAGGGAUUAUUUGAAGGCACAAAAGCAUACAGAAAAGAAAAUGGGCGCGUGCUACUCUUCCGUCCGGAACAAAAUGCCAUUAGAAUGAAGAUUGGUGCAGAAAGAAUGUGCAUGGCAUCCCCUUCCAUAGAACAUUUCGUUCAUGCUUUGAAACAAACUGUCUUGGCUAAUAAACGUUGGAUUCCUCCACCGGGAAAAGGGUCCUUGUAUCUUAGGCCUCUGCUCUUAGGAACGGGUCCAGUUUUGGGUUUGGCUCCCGCACCAGAAUACACAUUCCUCAUAUACGCUUCCCCUGUUCGCAACUAUUUCAAGGAGGGUUCGGCGCCGCUCAACUUGCACGUAGAGGAGAACUUUGACCGUGCUUCUCGCCGCGGCACUGGAAACGUUAAAACCAUUUCCAAUUAUGCACCGGUUUUGAUGGCACAAACUACAGCUAAGAAAAGAGGAUUUUCAGACGUGUUGUACCUUGAUUCAGCCACCAAGAAAAAUCUGGAGGAGGUCUCUUCUUGUAACAUUUUUAUUGCCAAGGGAAAAUGCAUAGCUACUCCUGCUACCAAUGGAACUAUUCUUUCCGGAAUUACCCGAAAAAGUGUCAUUGAAAUUGCGGGUGAUCUUGGCUAUCAGGUAGAAGAGCGUGCUGUUGGUGUUGAUGAAUUGAUUGAGGCUGAUGAAGUUUUCUGCACAGGAACUGCUGUAGGUGUUGCCCCUGUAGGGAGUAUCACAUAUCAGGAUAAAAGGAUGGAAUAUAUAACGGGCUCUGGAACCAUUUGUCAAGAGUUGAACGAUACCAUUUCAGGAAUUCAAACUGGUACUAUUCAAGAUAAGAAGGGAUGGAUCAUUGAAGUAGAUUAAGCAAGAGCUUUCACAAUUGUUUUCUUUUAAUUCUGUGAAAAAUGGCAGAAAUAAUGACAUUCCUUUUAUAAAAGGAUAUUAUAUAUGUAUAUGCGCAUUAUCCAAUAUUGCAUAUUCCUGUAUUCAUAAAAACUUAUAUCAUUGUCAUUUUGCUAAGAAAGUCGUUAUCAAUUUUAAACAUAUGAA